AUGUUCUCGGAGGUGAAGUUCCCCGUGCCCUGGGGCCAUGUGGCAGCAAAGGCCUGGGGACCCCCAGAGGGACAGCCCGUGCUGUGCUUGCAUGGCUGGCUGGACAAUGCCAACACCUUUGACAGGCUCAUUCCCCUGCUCCCCAGAGACUGCCGAUACGUGGCGAUGGAUUUUUCUGGCCAUGGCUUGUCUUCCCACCGACCUGCAGGCUCCCCUUACCAUUUCCUGGAUUAUGUGAGCGAUGUGCGCCGGGUGGCAGCAGCAUUGCGGUGGAGACGGUUCACCCUGAUGGGUCACAGUAUGGGUGGCUCUGUGGCAGCAAUGUUUGCUUUCAUUUAUCCUGAGAUGGUGGACAAGCUGAUCUUGCUGGAAAAUCUUGGCUUUCUACUAGCUCCAGAGGACACUGAGGCAUGGCUGAAAUCAAAGCGGCUGGCUAUCGAUAGAUUACUGAGUCUAGAAGGAAAACAGCAAGCUCCCAAAGCACGUAGCCCUGAAGCAGCAUUGCAGAGGCUCUUAGAAGCAAACAGACAUCUGACAGCAGAGGGUGGGGCAAUCCUGCUGCAGCGAGGAGCGACUGAGACACCCACUGGGCUGGUGUAUAACAGAGACAUGAGAGUCCGUACGCAAAGUCGAGAGUACCUCACAGUGGAACAGUGCGUGAAGCUCCUGCAGAAGAUCAAGGACCGUGUUCUCAUCAUUCUAGCACAAGAUGGACUCUUGGUACCACACAAGCUGGAGAGCAGAAAUCAGUUUGCAAAAUCCUUACGGGAGGCAUUUGAGCAUACCCUCAAAGAGGACAUCCAGCUGGUAGAGGUGCCUGGGAGUCAUUUUGUGCACCUGAACGAACCCGAGGUGGUGUCUGGGAUCAUCAGCAACUUCCUGACAGCGCAGAACACCAGAGCCAGGCUCUAAGCAGUCACUGCAACAGCAGUCCAGGACGAGAAGUAGCUAAAAAUCUGGCUCUGGAGGAAUUGCCACUAUUCCUACCUCACAUCCAACAUCAGUUUCACGAUACUUGAUCCUAAGUGGAGCUUGCUGAAGGGGUGAAUGCAGAUCUGCAAGGUUAGACAGACACACAGUGGCUUUCCCUUUCUUCCUCCUAACUUCUGCAUCCCGAAAUAGAGCAGGAAUAUAGGCAGGGGCUCCUCAGGGAGCAGCAGCACCAACAGCUGUAGCACUGCAAGACAUAGGUAGCUCAUUCUUUCCUCCUCUCUCAGCAUGGAGUGACAGGUCCCUUCCUAGGGCUAGAUCAGUUAAAAAAAAAAAAAACAAAAAAAACAGGAAAUAGUUCUGCUUCUUUGCUUAUUUCCAUCAGUCCCUGAGCUCAGAGAGCCUCAACCUCUCUGUUCUACUGUGAGAGCUGCUGCUUUUUCUUAAAUAAUCAGCUUAAAUGAGAGCUCACCUGGGUACAGAAGGCCAUUUCAAUGAACUGCUGGGAAAUGAGUCAUUAAUCCUCUAGCUGAAGCAGCUGGGAGAACUAUUAGUAAUGGAAAAGUUGGCAGAGGUGAUUUCUGUCCAUCUAAAUAAAGAUUGAUCUUCCACCGUUAA